AUGAAUAUUUUUAUGAGGCAACUCAGUACAGAAAUGGGCCAGGACCAAACCAAGCAACAGAUAGAGAAAGGACUGAAGUUGUACCAGUCCAACCAGACUGACAAAGCUUUGCAAGUGUGGACGAAAGUAUUAGAGAAAACCUCCGAUCCCGGUGGGAAGUUUCGGGUUUUGGGAUGCUUGAUCACUGCUCACUCGGAAAUGGGGAAAUAUAAAGAUAUGCUCAAGUACGCCUUGGAUCAGAUCGACACAGCCAGAGAAAUGGAAGACCCCGACUACCUGACCGAGGGCUACCUGAACUUGGCGCGCAGCAACGAGAAGCUGUGCGACUUCCACAAAACGGUCUCGUACUGUAAGACAUGCUUGAAUAUGCAGGGCACCACAGUCAGCCUGCAGCUCAACGGUCAGGUAUGUCUGAGCAUGGGCAACGCCUUCCUGGGCCUUAGCCUCUUCCAGCAAGCUCUGCAGAGCUAUGAAAAGGCCUUGCGCUACGCGCACAACAAUGAUGACAAGAUGCUGGAGUGCAGAGUCUGCUGCAGUCUGGGAAAUAUUUACGUCCAUCUGAAGGACUACGAGAAAGCCUUGUUCUUUCCAUGCAAAGCAGCCGAGCUUGUCAAUGACUACGGCAAAGGUUGGAGCCUUAAAUAUCGAGCCAUGAGUCAGUACCAUAUGUCAGUGGCCUACAGGAAGCUGGAGCGCUUGCCGGAUGCUAUGGAAUGCUGCGAGGAAUCUAUGAAAAUUGCUCUGCAGCACGGUGACCGUCCUCUUCAGGCUCUGUGUUUGCAGAACUUUGCAGACAUACACCGCUAUCGGCGUGACUUUGAUAAAGCAUUCCCUCGUUACGAGUCGGCAUUGGGUAUCAUGACAGAGAUUGGGAAUCGACUCGGACAAGCCCAUGUGCACCUGGCAGUGGCAAAGUGUUGGCUUCUGCUGAAGGAACAUGUUCAGGCUCUGGAUUCCUUAGAACGAGCACAGGCUUUGGCAGACGUGAUGGGAAAUAAGCUUUGCACGCUGAAGGCCCAUUGCCUUAGGGAGGGCAUCUACAGGAGCCAAGGAAGACAGGAGGAACUGCGCGAGCAAGUCGUAAAGUUCCUUCAGUGCGUGGAGGAGCUGGAGCUCUACUGCGGCAUGUGCGGCGAGUCCAUCGGGGACAGGGACCAAAAGCUGCAGGCCUUGCCCUGUUCCCACAUUUUCCACCUCAAAUGUCUGCAAACUAACGGGACAAAAGGAUGUCCCAAGUGUUUUAAGAACUCCAUGAAGCCAGGAUUUGUGUGA